AUGCUUUUGGUUAUUAUUUCGUUGCUAUUGGGUAGCGUUUUGGAAGCUAAUAGUCUUCCAAACCAAAGAGCUAUUUCAUGUUCAUGGAUCGGCCAUUGUGCAGGAGAUCCAUGUUAUACAUACAAUGAUUGUGAUGGAUCGUUAGUUUGUGUGAACGGAAAAUGUGGUGAUAGCAAUACACCAGUUGAAAUUUGUUCAUGGGCCGGGCAUUGUGCAGGAGAUUCAUGCUCUACGUACGAUGACUGUGAUGGUUCGUUAAUUUGUAUGAAUGGAAGAUGUGGUAAUGGUAACAACGUUGGCAGUGGUGGUGUAACGGAUAAUACAUGUAGAUCAUCGGGUUCUCUCUAUGGCGUCGCUUCAGCCUGUGUUACUGAUAAUAUGUCAUCAUGUUGCAAAGUCGGUGUUGCUUAUCCACAAUAUAAAUGUUCACCUUCAUCAAAGUCAUCAGCAAUUCUGACAUUGAAUAGUUUUCAAGAAGGUGGUGAUGGUGGCGGUGCUGGUGCAUGCUUCGGUUUAUUCUAUCCUGAUUCUCAACAAGUUGUUGCUUUAUCGACUGGAUGGUUUAAUAAAGGAAGUCGAUGUGGACAAAUGAUUACUAUUCAUGCGAAUGGCAGAAGAACAAAGGCUAUGGUAGUAGAUGAAUGUGACUCAGUACAUGGUUGUGACAAAAUGCAUGCUGGUCAACCACCAUGUCGUAACAAUAUCGUCGACGGAUCACCAGCUGUAUGGGCUGCGCUUGGUAUAUCAAAAAAUGAUCCACGAUAUGGACAGAUUAGUAUUUCAUGGGAAGAUUAA